AUGACUGCAAAGAGAACUAAGGCGCCGUACGAGAGCGCGCCGAAGAAGACAUGCAAGAAGUGCGACAGGAAGAUCUCCUGGCAUAAAGCUGCCAGAGACGCGCAGCAAGAUCCGGAAGAAGACAUGGGAAAAAAUCGCGCUAAACGCGUAGGCUUCCAGCGCGACCAGCGCGCAGCCAAGUUUUUCGAGGAAUUACAAGAUAUUCGCGCACAGCUACGGGAAGCAGAAGGAGCGCCAGCUUUACCACAACCAAAGCCGAAAGGGAUGUCAGGCCAUCCCCUCGAGGUGCUCAGCUUUCAUCCAGGUCUCUUUGAGCACGCGUUUGUCAAGGCUGAAAAGCACGAAUUGUUGUCGAAGAAAGGGUUUCAUGCGCUGCUGCUGUUCUUGCAUUCGGACAAAAGCCAUCAUCUUCCCCAAGAGUGGCAAAAUGCACAGAACUACACUGCGGAGGACAUGGAAGAAGCGAGUACACGCACGGUUUACGAAGAGCGGGUUCGUAUCGAGACAUAUCGACUCUAUCUUCAGACGAAGUUCAAGCAACGGUUCAACAACUGGGAAGCAAAAUUCAUUUACUAUGCUCGCUUCUUGGAGAAGGACAAGGCGUACGAAAUCAAGGAGAAGGCCAAGCUGGAGCAAGCGGCAACCGACAUCCGAUUCCUCGAAACCUUUGGUGCGGAAUCGGAAAGUGACGAAGAGUAA